GAUACUGUAAGAGCGUCUUAUGUUAAUUUUCAUCAUAAAAAUGCCUCCUUAUAGGAAAAUGAAGUUAAUAAAAUUAAGAAACCAGGUCUCUCUGACAUAACAGGGAAACUUUUGUACACCAAAACUUAUAAUUUAUGAUUUCAGCCGAAUAUAAUGUUUCGGAAAAACUUAUGAAUAAUGAAAUAAUUAUGUCCAAAAUAAACUCUUGCAAAUUUUGUAAUCCAGAGAUCGACAACUUUAAUAUUCUGAGGUCUUACUUACCAGAGGAAUAUGAAUACUUGGUCUGCAAUUUUAGUGGAGACAGUUCCCAUUUUAAAACAAGGCUUAGAACUAGUGGCAAAAAUCAGAAUUAUGCUCACAAAUGGUUGGAAGAUUUUCAAAUGUAUUCAAAGUGUACGAUGAGAGUUGAGAGGACAUACCCUCAUAGUGGAACAAAAAAUGUUUUCAAAGUAGAUUUGCGAUGUCAACAUAAUACCCGACCUCGUAGUGAUAAAGUUAGAGAAAAAGAAUCAUGUAAGAAUACCGACUGUCCUGCCAAAAUGGGAAUCACAAUAAAAAGAGUUGUAACUGAAAGAAAAAGCAGAUCUAAAGAUCCUCAUUUACCUGACUAUCCUACUGUCAUCCAAAUGGAUUUUGGACAUAAUCAUGCCAUCUUAACACCAGAAAUUUUGAAGCAUCGCAGUGUCCUCCCAGAUGUGAAAGAAAAGAUUCUUACUUUAUUUAAAUUAGGGCAUAAUCCAGCUACUGCUCUUGAUAUGCAUAAAUAUGAUUUGCUUCUAGAACAUGGAGAGAAUUUUGAAAAUAUUUGCCAUGAUCGAGCCUUACUUCCUGAUCAUCAAUUCUGUUACAGGUUGUUUUACAAAAUUGUUAGAAAACACAAUGGACUCAAUGAUGACACUUGCCCAUCAUUGAGUCCAGACAAGAAGCCUCCUGUUCCAUUGUCUAGUUGUGAAAAUUCUUCAUUGCUUAAUUUAAAUCCUAAUGACCCAAUGCAAGAAAGUCAAGAUUCUGCAGCUAAUGACAAGCGAAGUAAGAAAAAACGAAAGCUGGACAGCAUUGCUGUAAGUUUCAAAGAAAUGUCCACUCAGCUUGAAGAUGUACUCUGCAAGUUUUGUGAAAGUGGUGGAUUUGCUGGAAUGCAAAUAAUUGACAACCAAACUGUUAUGGCACUUUGCACACCUUUGAUGCACCGAGUACAUAAGCUUGUCAAACAUAGUGGUGAUAUGGUUUUUGUCGAUUCUUAUGGCGAAAUGGAUGAGCCUAACUGCUGUCGAGUCCUUAUGUUAGUCACUUAUAGUUGCAUUGGAGCUAUACCUCUAGGUUGUCUAGUUACCACAUCAGAAUCAGCUUCUAGUAUAAAAGCUGCCUUAGAGCUUUGGAAAAAGAUCCUCCCUGUGGGUUGUUUUUAUAACAAAACUGAAGGACCUGAUGUAUUCUUUACCAAUGACAAUGAAGCAGAAAGGCAGAGUCUAAAAUCUGUAUUUCCUAAAUCUCAUCUACUUAUUUGUUUGUCACACAUACUUCAAGCAUCUUGGACUUUCAUAUGGGAUAGAAAAAAUGCCAUCAAAAAAGAUCAUAGGUCAUUGCUGUUUUCAAAAAUCAGAAUGCUACUGUUCUCGCAGACAGUUGAUGAACUGGAGAUGAACUUUGCUUUUGUGAUUAGUGAUAACCUUGUAAAAUCAUAUGCAUUAUUUAUAGAUUAUUUGAAACAUAUUUAUAAUCAUAAGCAUGAUUGGUCUCUUGCAUACCGAAGACACUUAUUGCCACAAGCAGCUCUUUCUUCUUUUUUCUGGGAGUCAGCCAUGAUUGUACUGAAAGAUCCAAUUCUUAGUCGGACACGGAAUUACAACCCAUUACAAAUUGUUGACUUUUUGUCAAGAUUGGAUACUUACUAUGAAAGAAAACUCAUUGACCUUGCAAAUAGUCGAUUUGAUUCAGUUAGACUUUCAAGAUUUUUGUUUAUUGAAUUACCUCGAGAAGCAUAUACUAUCACACAGAAUUCUGAAAAUGAGUAUGAGGUUCAUAAUGAUACGAAAGAUACAACUUAUCAAAUAGAUAUAGCUUUAGGAAUGUGUGAAUGUAGAACUGGCAAAUCUGGUGCCCCUUGUAAACAUCAAUUAUUAGUUUAUAGAAACUUUGCUAUCCCUGUAUAUGAUUGCAUUCCACCAAAUACUUUAGCUGAGAAAAAUCUUCUGCUUCAUUUGGCCACUGGUCAUGAGAUUGAAAAUGAGCCAUCUCCAGACACUAUUACCAAAGCUGUUCAAUCUGCAAUGCAUGAUCCAUGCCAAGCUGAAAUAAUUAUUCAUGAACUAGAUUCAUGUGGUGAUAAUAAUUUUUUCCUAGAUGAUAAUGAUGCCUGUGAAACUUUGAAUGGCAAUGGUGGCAUUAACCAUUCAAGUGUAUUAACUCAAGCAAAUUCCUCUUUAGCUUUGCAGACAAACUCUCUUAUCCAGCCAAGUCAUGUUUUGGAGCAGCAUCCAAAUGCCUCUUUAGGUGCUCAAGAUGUGGUGCUUUCUCAGCAUAGUCUUCUUACUCAGCUAGAACACAAUGAUCAUUCAUCAUUAUCAUUAAAUCAUCAAAUAAAUUCACAGCUAAAUCAGCAUCUGCCUGACCUAAAUCCCCCAUCAAUUGUACCUAAUUCUAUUAAUCAACAGACAUCACAGCCUCCUCCAUCUCCACCAUCGUGCCAAACUCUAAGUGACCCCAAUCCUGAUGUCCAGUCAGUCCUAGAUUUACUGAAUCAAAUUUGUGCUAAAUUAAAAGAAAGAACUUCAAUAGCACCUCAAAUCUUCAAACCAGCUCUUGGAACUUUUUUAAAGAACUUAGACAAUUUAUCUGCAGACUCAUCUCUAGAAUAUGCUCUUUAUUCAUUUGGUAAAUUUUCAAAAUCAGCUACACCUCUUUUUAAAAGAAAGAUUGUGGAUAAUAAACUCAUUGGUUUGCAAUCUACAGGAACUUCAGGGGAUCUCAGGAGAAGACGUUCUCCUCUUAAAUGUUCUAAAAUGUUCAAGAGGUAGCUUUGGAGUUAAAAAUAUUUGUGUCAUGAGGCAGCAUUUCUUUCUUUUUCACUAAUAUAUUUACUAUAUUAUAAUAUUUAUUUACCUUGCAACAUCAAUAUCUUGCUAUAUCGUACUUUAUUUUAAUCCUUUGCUUUAUUUAGUUUAAUUUAAAACAACUUUGCCUUUCAGUCCUUGAGCAGCAUGAAUUUAACACAGUUCAAGACUGCUUAUGCAUGUAAUAAUUUAUUUUGCUGUGCUGAUAACAAAUUUUCAUGUAUUAUUUGGUAUAUUAUUUGAUUUUAAAUGUUUGCAUAAUUUGUUUUAAACAUAUAUUAACAGAUUAUAUUAUUGAAAUUAAAUUAUAAUUACUUUUGGGAACAUUUCUAUAUAAUGGGAAAUCUGUACUAACUAUUCCAUUAUGUAUAUAAUGUGCAGUAUUGUUUACUUAUUGAAGUUAUAAAAAGACAUUAUAAUAAUCUUAAGAAAAGAUAAUACAUCUUCUGUUCCUAUCAAUUAUUGAAAACUUCUUGUAAAAGGUAAUGCAAAUCUGACUUUCUGAAACUUUCAUCACAUCCAAUCUUUUUAUGGCUGGAGGAAAUUUUUUAACCCUAGAACUGGAAAAUAAUUUAGAAAAGUAAUUAAUUAUAAAUAUAAGGAAAUUCCUUCGUAAAAAUUAUUUAACAAAUUUUAGUGAAAUUUUGUAAAGUGUGACACUUUUUUUAAGUACUUUAUCUUUAAAAUGUUAAUGAA